AUGCCGGUUUACGCUGCGCCCAACCCUCCCAGCCCUGCGGCCAGCGACCAUGAGCGCGGCGCGCUGCUCGACAGCUCCGAGCGAGAGCUGCCGCCGCCUUCGAUGGACGAGCAGAUUGAGGCUCUCGACACUUCCUAUGCCGCCGGUGCCUUCGGGCGGGCGCAGCUGAUCACCUCGGCGUACGCGUUCGCGGCGUGGACGGUGCACGGCAUGCAGGUCAUGUCCAUGGCCUUCACGGCGCCCGUGGCGGCCGCCGAGUUUGACGCAGACCGAGGCGGCGGCGGCGGCGGCGGCGGCGGCGGCGGCGGCGGCGGGUCGGCGGGCGACGCAGCGGCGAUGAAGCUGACAGCGAGCUUCUUUUUCGCUGGCUGGAUGCUCGGUCUCUCGCUUUGGGGCGGGCUUGCUGCGCGGCGCGGCUGGCUUGUCGCCCUCGGCGCCGUCCAGCUCUGCGUGGUCGCGUUUGGAUGCGCGACCGCGGCGUGCGGCGGGCCGCGCUCCUUCCUCCUCCUCCGCUUCCUCUGCGGCUUCGCGGAGGGAGGCGUGCCGACGACCUCCUUUGGGUGGGCGGGCGAGUUUAUGCUGCCGCGCAGCAAGGUGCGAGUCGGCUUCGCGCUCCUCAUCGGCUUUCACGUCGGCUCGCUGGCGAUCACCGUCGGAGCGUACUCUUUGCCGCACGGCUGGCGGCUGCUGAGCGCGGCCACGUCACUGCUCGCGCUGCCGCUCUCCCUCUGCGCCCUCUUCCUGCUGCCCGAGUCGCCGCGCUACCUGCAGCGCUCGGGGCGUGCGGCG